AUGCUACUUAUUAUAUAAAAAUAAAAGUUUUUAUCUUAGAAAAUCGAAUACGAGUGGAUCAUCUCACAAAGAUGACGGAAUUAACUAUGGAAAAAUUAAUUCCCAUUGCUGGGGAACGUUUAGAUUUUAUGGAGCAUUUAAAAAAAAUAUGCAAAAAGUUAGUAUACUAUUAAACACAUCUUGCUAAAUAUGAUGCAAUAAAAACAUAACACUAAAUUAACAAUGAAUUCUUUAUAUAGGUUGCUAGACCAUGUUCGGAAUCAAUUAAUAAAGAUAGUUCAGUACCAAUUAUGGAUAUUGUGCUUCCGGUUAUUGAAGACAUUACAUUUCCUGUUAUUGAAGUUUUCGAUAACACUCUUCCGUCUACGCAAGACAAGAGUAAUCUCUCUUCUUGUGAAAAGAAUAAUUCAUAUGAUUUAUUGGCUAUUUUGAAAUCAUCAACAUGUGGAAAAAUGAUAUUAGCAUAUCAUAAUACUCACGCAUAUUUAAAUAAUAAUAUGCGUAAUUCGUUGGCGAGCGAAAUAAUAAAUUAUGAUUUAAAUAAUAACAUUAAUGCUCGUAUGCAAAACAAACGGGAAGAAUUUCUUGCUAAAGAAGUUGUCAAACAUUUUCCAUCUGAGGUAGAAACUAUUUGGAAAGGAGCUUAUUUUGGUAAAUCUCGUCGAGAAAGUUCUGUAGGACGAGGUUUACUAUUACAAAAAUAUUACACGCAGAAAAUUAAGAAAAUGUGGAGUAUUAACAAAAGAAUCAGUAUAUGCUACAAAAGAUUCUAG